AAUGCAUUCAUGACGGCGUACACUCGUCCGCGCGAACAGCCAAAAUGGUGAAUAGGGAUACGCGCUUACACGUACAAACGGAUGCGUACGCAUAUUGACGCGCUUCGUACGUUUGGCGAACUGCCCCCUCCGCGGAAGUUUUCCUGUACUCCUAUUUUUGCAAUUCCUUUACCGAGCGCGAGUGAAACGUUUAUCAUGGCUGGGGGAGAUCACCUCAUUACGCACAUUAUCGAAGUAAAUUGCCUAUCCGAAAAUCACAGCAAUAUUUUGUACAAGUGCUUGUCAAGCGAUGAGUCUUUAAAGCAAAAUGAAAUGUACAAACGUGUGAACAUAUCUGGCAGCCUCAUAAAAAUAGAAUUGCAGAGCAGCACGUGCGAGGAUAUAAGGUACAAGGCGAAAAACAUUUACGACUAUUUGCAUUUUUUUUUUAAAACCAUCGAAACGUUUGCCUGACGCGCGGAGGGCAAGCACCCAGCCAUCGAAACUGUUAAGCGGUCGAAACAGCCCAGCCGUCGAAACUUUUCACCCGUCGAAACUUCUCACCCGUCGAAGUGGCCACCCCCCCCGGCAAAAUGAACGGCGAAAUUGACGAGAAAUGCAUCAACGAAAUCCGCAUGCUGUCGGCGGAGCUGCCGCUGAAGGCCAACAGCGGGCACCAGGGAGCGCCCAUCGGGUGCGCGCCCAUAGCGCACAUCUUGUGGGCCUACGUAAUGAACUACUACAAUGAGGACACGAGCUGGAUGAACCGGGACAGGUUCGUUCUCUCGAACGGACACGCCAGUGCGCUCCUCUACACCAUGCUGUACCUGACCAAGCAAGGACUCACCAUGGAGGAUUUGAAGAACUUCCGGCAGCUGGAGAGUCUAACCCCAGGUCACCCAGAGAAACACAUCACCAAAGGGGUGGAAGUGACAACGGGGCCACUGGGACAAGGAGCAUCCAACGCAGUUGGGAUGGCCAUCUGUGCACAUAAUUUAGCCCAGAAAUAUAACACCCAGGAGUUUCCCAUUUUUAAUAAUUACGUAUACGCCAUAUGUGGGGAUGGCUGCAUGCAGGAGGGAGUAUUCUGUGAAGCCGCUUCCCUCGCUGGGCACCUAGGCGUGGGGAGGUUAAUCCUGCUAUAUGAUGACAACAAAAUAACAAUUGAUGGGAACACAGAACUGUCGUUCACCGAAGAUAUAGAGAAAAAGUUUGAGGGGUUAAAAUGGGAGGUUAGAAAAGUGCCCAAUGGGAAUACCGACUUUGCAGGUAUAUUAACCCAAAUUGAGGAGGCGAAAAAGAAUACGAAGCAGCCAUCAUUAAUCAUUGUGCAGACGGCUUGUGGGUAUGGGACGAAGGUAGAGGGGACAUGUAAGUCUCACGGGCUGGCAUUAAAAGAAGAAGAUUUAAAAAAAACGAAAGAACUUUUUGGCCUAGACCCAGAGAAGCAGUUCCACAUUUCAGAGGAAGUAAAAAAUUUCUAUGAAAAUAUUGUAGAGAAAAAAAAAGAAAAUUAUCUCAAAUGGAAAAAAAUGUUUUGCGAUUUUACCGUCAAGUACCCAGAGACGGCACAAGAAAUUAUGAGGAGGUUCUCCAAGGAGCUUCCCCACAAUUGGGUGGAAGUGCUACCCAAGUAUACCACUUCGGAUGCUCCCGGUGCGACUAGAAAUCUCUCCGGGGUUGCCCUAAACUGUAUUAAUAAGAUCCUCCCCGAGUUGAUAGGCGGAAGUGCAGACCUGACGGAGUCUAACUGUACCGCCUUGAAGGAAGAAAAGGACAUCACGAGAGAUUCCUUUGCAAAUAAAUACAUACGCUAUGGGGUAAGGGAGCAUGGGAUGGUGGCCAUCACCAAUGGGAUUUCUGCCUAUGGGGGGUUCGAACCCUUUUGCGCAACGUUCCUGAAUUUCUACACCUACGCAUUUGGUGCGCUAAGAUUAGCCGCCCUCUCCCAGUACCACAUUUUUUGCAUAGCGACCCACGACUCGGUCGAAUUGGGGGAAGACGGACCGACUCAUCAGCCCAUUGAAGUGCUGGCCUUACUAAGAGCCACUCCCAAUUUGAAUGUGAUUAGACCAGCUGACGGGAACGAAGUGUCAGGUGCGUAUUUGUGCCACUUUAAGAAUCUGAAGACUCCCACCCUGGUUGCCCUGUGCAGAAAUAAAGUGCCCCACUUGAAGAACACCUCGGCAGAACAGGUCCUAAAGGGGGCCUACGUUCUGGAAGACUUCAACAACUCGAAUGAUAAGCAGAAGGUCAUUUUGGCUGGGUGCGGUUCGGAGCUGCAUCUCUGCUUCGAGGCGAAGAGCAUUCUAACGGAGCAGCACAAUCUAAACGUCCGCAUUGUGAGUUUCCCUUCGUGGAAUUUAUUCCAACAGCAGUCAGAGGAGUAUCAACAGUCCGUGAUGAUGCACCACGACGCGAAGGUUGUCAGGUUCUACAUAGAGCCUGCGUCCACCCACGGAUUCGACACCUACUUUAAUGUCUACCUGGGCAUCAACCAGUUUGGCUACUCCGCCCCGAAGAACCAAAUAUGGGAGCACCUGGGCUUCACCCCGGAGAACAUCGUUCGGAAGGUGCUGGCCUUUAUAGAGGCCCACCUGGGGUAG